CUGAGUUCCAACAAUACUCGCAGUUAUAAUCAGCGUGGCGCAAGUCACAGUCCGGGCCAGUCGCAGUUCACAGCUGCCAACAUGAAGUGGCCCUGGCUCUGUUGUGUUGCUGUGGUUACGUUUGUUGUGGUGAUGGCUGACGCUCAGGAGGACUUGCCCUGGUGGAGAACCGCCGUUUUCUACCAGGUCUACCCGCGCUCCUUCAAGGACAGCAAUGGUGAUGGUGUUGGGGAUUUAAAAGGAAUCACCGAGAAAGCCGAAUAUCUCAGUGAACUGGGAGUCACAGCCAUCUGGAUCUCCCCGAUCUUCAAAUCUCCGAUGGCAGACUUCGGGUAUGACAUAUCAGACUAUCGACAGAUUGACCCGAUAUUCGGUACCAUGGAGGAUUUAAAGGAGCUUUCUGAAAAACUUAAGACUCUAAAUAUCAAGCUCUUGUUGGAUUUGGUUCCGAAUCAUUCAAGUGACGAGCACGAGUGGUUCCAGAAGUCGGUCAGAAAGGAAGAUCCGUACACCGAUUAUUACGUGUGGCAUGACGGCAAGAUAGACAACGUCACAAACCAGAGAUCCCCACCUAACAACUGGAUAAGCAUAUUUACCGGCCCUACUUGGACAUGGAACGAGGAACGUGGACAGUAUUAUCUGCACAAUUUUGACAAGAAACAACCCGACCUCAACUACAGAAACCCAGCUGUCGUUCAAGAAAUGGAUGAUGUGAUACGAUUUUGGCUGGACUUGGGGGUGGAUGGAUUCCGCGUGGAUGCGGUGCCCUUCCUGUUCGAGGACGAGGAAUUGCGAGACGAGCCGACCCGGGAGGACGGACAACUGGACCACAUCUACACCCAAAACUUGCCGGAGACUUUCGAACUUCUCAGGCGCUGGGCAGAUAUCGUGUACGACUACACGGCGAAGGACGGAAAACCCAGAGCUCUGUUCGCGGAAGCGUAUGCCGAUAUCCCUACAACUCUCAAGUACUACGGCGAAGGAAAGGAAAGCCUGCUACAGCCGUUCAACUUCCAGUUGCUGACCAGUGGCAAUGCAAGCACCAGGGCCUCGGAAUUAAAGGAUCUGAUCCUGACCUGGGUAGAUGCCUUGCCAUCUGGUACCACACCGAACUGGGUGAUCGGGAACCACGACAAUGGCAGAAUUGCCGAUAGAUACGGCCCUGAGAUGGUCGACGCCAUGAACCUCCUGACAGGAGUGCUGCCAGGAGUGAAGGUUGUGUACAACGGUGAGGAGAUCGGCAUGCAGAACACAUUCAUCCGCUGGGACCAGACCGUGGAUCCUAGCGGCCGACUCCUAGGGCCCUACCGCUACCAGUUCGGUUCCAGAGACCCUGAGAGAACUCCUAUGCAAUGGGACGACUCACCGAAUGCUGGUUUCUCGAGCAGCAAAACGACGUGGUUACCGGUGAACCCCAACUACUGGUGGUUAAACGUGGAGGCCCAGCGCUCAGCAGAGUCCAGUCACCUGAAGGUGUUCCAGGCCAUGACUGCAGUCAGGAACCACACUGUGAUGCUCAGGGGUGAUCUCUCAGUCCUAUCGCCGGACGAGGACACUUUAGUUGUCGUAAGGACGUACCAGAACGUAUCGUUUGUCCUGUUGAUCAACAUGGGUAGCUACAUUACCAGCUACACUACCCAGAACCUGUUCUCACCUCUCAAUCUCGAUUUCGACAUGACGGUUGUUACUGGAAGUGUUCAUUCUGGAAUUGAACCUGGAACGUUUGUGAAGAAAAGCUCUGCAAGUUUGAGUUUGAGGCCCAAAUCAGCCGUGCUACUUCAAGACAUACCUUAUACAUUAUAAAGAUAUAAUAACACUCACUAUUUCCACUACAGUAUUUAAAUAUUUAAAGUUAAAUCUAAUUUAGUGAGCACGAAACAUGUGUAAUUUUAGAGAAAUGUUUGUAUAGUUACGUUUUAUACAUGUAUGUUGUAAGAAAUAUGGAUAAGUAUUGGACAUUGACAUGAGUACUCACGAUCGUAACUCUGAAUCAUUUACAUAUUCCGAAAAACUUAAACAUUGACAAUUCAUAUUUAUUCUGUAUUCCUACAAAUAGAAUUAUAUACAAAUUUGUAAAGGUUUAUCGUUAUAUUACGCACGCUGAGCAUUGUUCCAAUGUAUUUGUGACUACGUCCUCUUCUAAAAACAUUUCACUAUUGAACAAACUUAAAAAGGAAUUUAGACUCGUAUUGAGGUCUAAAUAUAUUUGUGUCAUAUUUUAUCAUUAAAUAACAUUAAAAUAAGUUAUUCUGAUUAUUAAUAAUAGUUAAUAAUUAGGAACACUUAUAUAAGUGACGGCGCAACGUCUAAAGUUGGCACUCCAAACAAUACUACUGUAACCUUUAGUAGCUAAAGCAUUAAAGCACGGGACAAAUCAUUGCAAGCCUGAUUUGUGACAAAUAAACUGUUCUUUAUUUCACUUAAACCUGAGAUAUUAUGUUGUUAUACUUAGCAUGAAUAUAGAAGAAUAAAAAGAUUCUUGCGAUAACACGUCGCAUAAAAUUAUUAAUUUGGAUCUCUUUAUAUUAUUAAUAAAUACUAAAGCCAAACGACCAGGCUUGCAAUGAUAUAUCUCAAGCUAUAGAAUAUAAAUUAAAAACUUUUGAACAAAUUUGGAAUCUAACUCAAUAAAGUCCAAAACUUGCAUAGCUGUGAAUUUACGAUAAGACUACACUUUACCUUCUAUGAAAUGUAUAGUACAUUUCUGAACUUAGCACGUAUAACAGAAUUCAUGUUUUUAUCAUGACUUCACUUAACAUCAUUUUAGUCCAAUAGUUCAGUUUCAUAGGAUUUAUUAUGCUUUAAUUAUAAUAUCAUUAAUUUGUCAUUUUAGUCAUCACUUUCUUUUACUUUUCAACGCGAUUGGUUGUAGUAUUUAAGUAAUGUAAUUUUAAAUUGUAAAAUAAAAUGUUGAUAAAGUU